UCUUUCAGGUUCACAAGAGUUCAUGUUUUGAGACUUGAAGGAAGAGAGAUCUGCUGUAUCAAUGGCCUUGGUAGAAAAAUCUCCCUUGGAUGUCUCACUGAAUGUGAAAACAAAGGGCUGUGGUCAGUGGAAUUACAUGGACCUAGAGAUGGAGUACCCUGAACUAAUUCGCAGGGGUUGCCAGCCCUUGGCUGUGAAAGAUGGAAGGCGGUUGCUCAGAGCAGCUGAAGAUGAAGGGCCUGCAGCAGUAGAGGAAGCCGACCAUGAAGCUCCUGGCAUUCCUGAGAAGAAUCAGAACCCUUCAACCCUGCCUUUGAUGCCAUCUAGCGGAUUGUCCAAGAUCAAAGCAAAAGCAACAUAUGUGGAAAGCCAACCACUAAUUGAUGGGAAUGCUCAGGAUGGUGAUGUGCCUCUUUAUUUUAGCAGAGGUGGUUUAUGGUCAGAAGAGCAACAGAGGGUUCCGGCAGAGCGCUCUGCUUCUGCAGAGGUGCUCGACACUUUGCUGGGCCUUCCAGGAUUUCUUCCAGCCAGAGGAGUGGAUUCUACAUUUUGCAGCCGUACCACCAGGCCCCUCCAUGACUUUGAUAUUGAAUGUAGGGGCCGGAUGCUGCUUCCCCCUCAUUCAUCCACGCCAAAACAUUUGUCAAGUAAAAGAAAUGCACACCUUGGUGCCACCAUGCCUGUAUCUCCCAGAACUAGCAUUUCCUUACAACUGUCAGAAGACGGCGACUUUAAGCAGCAGGAAAUGGUAAGGUCUAAGAGCUUUUCAACAGUGGCAGCUCAUCCACUGUCAGAAACAUCUGUUCCCUGGAAUUUGCACAGUCGCUUUGGCCUUAAAAGGAGCUCCAUGGUAGGCACAGCCAAGCGAACCCCUCUGGAUAGCUGUUCACUGGUGGAACGGAUAAGAAAGAUGUCCUCCUUCCAAGCUGACUACUGGGCAUGUGCCAUACCUGACUGCUUACCGCCAUCACCAGACCGUCAGUCCCCCCACUGGGAUCCUAAUAAAGAAUAUGAAGACUUGCUUGACUACACCUACCCUUUAAGGCCAAAACACAAGCUGGCCAAAAAACCCAACGAUUCCACUGUCCAUGAUUCUGGGGUUGACCUCGAUAGCCUCUCUGUUUCCCCUGAGAGUAGCUUGAAGUUUUUGACUGUGCAGGACCAAGAACAACAAACUGCAGGGAUUCAGAGUACGGAAAGGUGUUCCAUUCCUUCACUGAAAAAGCUAGAAUGUCCCUCUCCAAUUUCUCGCUACAGACUUUCACCUGUUGGGAAAGUUUCUUUCAUGGAUGGAGAUCCUUCCGCUGGUGAAACUGGCACCUCUGGCAUGAUGACACAUGGUCUGUCCCCUAGGUGCCUUAGCCCCGAUCCCUCUGGGACGAUUAGCCUUGAUGGAAGGGACUGGAACUCAAGGGGACAUGAGUAUCUUACAGAAAGAGAUGCUACUAGUAACACCUUCAUACGCUCCACACGGAUGCUGCCGCUACAAACCGAUUGUUCCGGGGGGGAAGAGUAUCUCUCUUUACCACCCAGGCUCAAAGAAUUGGAGGCACUGGCUCAGCAGCUGACGGAUCUGUCACUGAGCCUAACCCAACCUGAACAUCAGCAUAUACAAGAUGAUUUUCCGUCCCUCAGUGUGAAGAGAGAGCAGCGCCUGCCGAAGGUUUACGGGGAUUAUGCCAGUGACAAGAGCCAGUGGGAACCAUACUGUGAUUCUUGCCAUACCUCUAGCUUUCGUGAACAUGCAGAAGAAAACGUUUUGAACAAACAAGGCUGCAAGGACCAGGACAGCAUGCCGAGAGAGACUGCUAGCCAUCUCGCAGUGAGGUGCCUAGAAUUCCCUGGGAGUGCCAUCUAUCACGUCAGUAAAGAAAAGGACAAUCACAGGGACUCCCUUGCACAGAGGAUUAAGAUAUUUUGUGGACAGUUAGAAGAGCUCAUUCAUCGGCUGCACAAAAUAGCAGAAGUUACGGGCAACUGGAUUCCUCCCAGGCCAGAUAUUGAAAGUGUUAAGACAUCAUUGCAAAAUUACUUGGAGUUUAAAAAGGAUUUAGCUGGUCAUCAGGCAUUGACUGAAUGUGUAUUACAAGAUGGUGACAGGCUCCUCAAACACAUGGCAUCAGAUUCACCAGUUUUACAGAGCACUCUUGGUUUGAUUGCAAAACAGUCCAGUGAGCUUGAAAACGAUGCUGGACGUUUGCAUGAGUCCAUUGUUGCUGCUAUGGAUGCUCUUGGUGCUACUUUGAUGAAGAACCAUGAUGCUCAACAAAUAGCUGCCCCUGCAAAAUCUUCCAAGUAAUACCCAUAGUUGAUGUGGACUUCUGCAACUCAUCUUUAACUGAACAAAGUAACUUCUUGAGUAAGAAAAUUGAUGUAGAAUAAAGAAAUGGUUUUCAGAGGAGAGAAUGGCUCUGAAGAACUUACCCUUCAAAAAUGUGAUUUGUUGAAAUGUCACAAAACAUGAUUUGCGAGUUCAGCAACUGGCUUCCUCUCUGACGCUUGAUGGAAAGCAGUGAGAAUACAACCUUUGCUGAUGUUGGAGCAAUGGAUGGCUUAACAAUCAGUUGUCUCUAAUAGCUGGGUAUUUGUUGGUUUAAUACGACUUACUUUAUAUAUCAUCAAGUAGACAGCUUGUGAUUCUUCAGUGUUUUCCCCCUUUUCGUACUUCGGUUCCAUUUUAAAAGAAUCGUGUAAAGUAUUAACAUUUCUAUUGAAGACUGCAUUUUGAAUAAAAGUAUUUUAAUUGUUGCAUGAGUUAGCAGAUUCUUAGAACAUGCAUUUGGAAUAUUUAUUUAUUUUAUAUCAUUUAUAGGCUGCCUUUCUCCCAGUGAGGGGACUUCAGUACACCUGAACAUUUUUAUGUUGCCUUAAUGCUCCUUGAACAGCUUUGGACCAUGUAAGCCAGCUUUCCUGAGCCUAAGGCUGUCCAUAUGUCCUGGACUAGCAUUGUCCUUAACCAGCAUGACUGACUAUAAUUGAAUAAAUUUUGAAGGUGCGAAGCCAGAGGAAAAGGAGGUACCCUAAUACUACUUAAAGUAGCAGCAGGGUGACGUUUCUCUUCCGCAAACUACUGAAAAGAGUCUAUAAAAUUUAUUUAGAAAGUCCUGUUUAAAGGCUAUCCUCUAAAGCUUUGAGAACUUCUUGGGGAAAGGUAAUUUGUCUUAUGUUUAUAUUGACUAAUCUGAGGCAGUUCUUUAAAUCUGGCCGAACCUUGAGCUCCAGUGCCCUUAUUUUGCUUCACUGUAGCAAUGAUGAAAAGCGGAGAAACAACUGGUCCACAUAACAAAAUAGUUUCUUCUAACCAACAGAGUGAAGGUCUGUUUUAAACCAUGGCAUGUCUAGAAAAGACAAGGUUAUAAAUCAGCAUGAAACUGACUUGUUUCACCAUGGACUGGUAAAAAAAGAACCAUAAAUUAUACUAUUUUAGAUAUAACAAAUCAGUAAAAAAUGAAAGCAAAUACUCCUCAUGGUUGCACUGGAGGGAGAGAAUCUGGGGGAUGGUGGGCUCCCAAGAUUCAUUCCUGAAAGUUACACUGUGGCUUAAGUUUUCUUAAAAUAUCUAAAACACUUUAAAUACACCCAAAAGGUUUGAGUAACUGGAUGUUUCAAAUAAGGAGCUAGAUAAAGAGAAGCUACAAGUAAGCUACAUAUUUUUCUUAUAAGAGGCCUGCAGAUGACAUGCCACUGCCCAGGUCUGUUCUUCCUCCCUCUUUUUGGUGUUGGGAUUGGCCAUUUCAGGGACCUCCUAUAAAUUCUCUAAAUCAUGGGUCAACAUAUUUAAGCCUAUAGAGAUCUUAAUAAAACAUUUCAUGGGGAACGGUGUAAAAUAGUCAAUUGCAUUCCUGGAGGCCAUGGAUUUCAGACCUCUCUCUCUCUAUAUAUAUAUAGAGAGAGUGAACAUAUAGCAAUCCAUAUGUUUUCCCUUUCAGACAUAUAUAUAAAAUGGGCUUUGGAAGGGGCAGAUUUUCAAGGUCCUUGAGUGUGGUGGAAGUAGGCCACACCCUGUCUGAAAGGAAAAACAUAUGGAUUGCUAUAUGUUCACUUGGCUAUAAUGCCAAGUCCCAGUGGAUUCUAACAUUCUCGAAGAUUUGAUCUUUUUUCCUCCCAGCAACUUGGCCAGGUAAAUGAACCAUCCAACUUGGCUGUUUAACCAAAAUUAUAAGAGAAGCUAGGGAAUUAUUCAGUCAUGUUAAUAGCCCUCUUGUUUGCUUACUGCCAUAGUGUACUUCAAGUCAUGUGCUUUCAGUUACUUGUAAGCUCAGUACACAGGUGAUUUCCAAGAAUUGCAAACUCAUUAUUUAUCAACCAGUGCUGUCAUAGUUCUGGUGCCAGGUAUUAAAUCUCAUCUUAGUCUUGUCUCUCACCCAUGAGACUUGUGUAUAUUGCUAGCCACUUUCAGAAUUGUUACAAUCUCAAAUCUAUCACAUGAAUAUUUGGACAUGACUGGUAGGCCAGCCCAGUGUACAAAUUAACAUAUAGCAACUCUCUCUACGCUACCAUUUUAUGACAGGCUCUACUUAUUCCAUUGUUUUGCACUCAGCUCUGAUUGCUAGUUGUCAUUGACUGAAAUCCUGUUGGCCUAAAUUUAUGCUGGUCAAAACAGAUGACUAUCAGCCUGCAACAGAUGAUUUUAAUUACAUUAAAAACUUCCUAUCCUCUUUAGAUUCCCAACUACCCUAGGGAUCCCUUUUGCUUUUGCAAACAUGAUGGAAAGGGGAAACUUUAACAUCAGGAUAACAUCACAUUGAAUUGGGGCUGGCAGCAGCAAUAUUCCAAUAUUAAAAACUCCACACAGCUUCCCAUGGGGGCAAAAGGGAGUUGCAGAACCUGAAGGGGAAGGAAGUUCUUAAUUUACAAUAUCUGUUGCUGGAUAAUGACAUUAUCUGCCUUGUGUUGUGUACAUUUGUGCUAACAGGAUUUCAGCUACUGUCUCAGUAAAAAGUGAAGUUGCUCACCUGUGAGUCAUGCCCAAGGGUAUCACAUUUUAGUAACAAGUUUAAUUUUUUAGCCUCUUCGAGCAUCUAAGCAAGUGGUUAUUACAGUGUGUGUAUUUGACUACUAUGCUAGAAUGUGUCAUAUUAGAAGUAUAAUAGGAAGUAGCAGAAUCUAGGGAUGAUUUUCAGAUUGGACAUCUACUUCCAAGAGGGCAUAGCUAAAGCAGACAGUGACAUCAUAGGCCAGGAGAAAGCAGAAAGGGCAUGGCCCAAAUGACUAAUGUUUGGA